AUGGAUGUCAGUACGCUGAAGUCACGGUUACAACAGCGGCUCGAUAGUCUUGGAACUAUUGAGCAAAUGGCGAAACUAAUGGUGGCUGUGCGCAAAUUUUUAUCUCACUUUGUCAAGAUAUUUAACGAGGUCAAAGACAACGAAGUCGAUGAAAUAUAUUUUCAAACGCUGUACUUGUGCGAGAUAUCAAUCUUGAGAUGCGAUAUUACAGAACGCAGUGCAAGUGUUUUGACUAGUAUUUUAAACAGCAUUCUGGAAGCGAUCCAUAGCCCUUAUAUGCGCAAGAAGGCUGUUAUUCAAUCUCUCAGUACGCUUCACCAGAUCAUGUGCAACAUGUACCAUCUGGAGGUGGUACAGGCGCAUUCAAUGUUACAGGAGAAACUCCCGUAUCUUAGCAGUAUCUUCAACGAGAUGGAACACUUUGGCAUGAUGUCCUCCAUUGUGGGUAUUCUUUAUCAAUAUGCUUGCAAGUAUGAAACCAACGAAAGGGAGAAAAUUUUCGCCGACAUUAUGCUCUAUUUUAACGAUCCGACAAACCAGCUGGCCGAAAUGUUGCAGUGUAAACCGGAAACAUUUUAUAUUCAAUGUCGCCAGUAUUUGAACAACAUUCCGGGUAGGCAGUAUUACGCACUGGCCGCUCGAUCAGCAGUCUUCGGGGAGAAGACUAUCGUACCGCUGAAUGACAUGCCAGAUAUAACGUUCGAAUGGAACUUACAUCCUAAUGAGAUCUCGUUUGAAGGAUUGUUUGUUGAUAAAAAGAUGGACCACUCGAUGCAGGCGUGUAUCGACUUCCGCGAUGUAAUCUCCUUGGAGAUUAUUGAGGAUUUUAAAAAUCCGCAAGUGCUAUGUACAUAUGGCAGCAAAACAGUCGAGGGCGCUGCUGCCGAGACAUUCAAUCUAUGGAUUAAUGUGAUAGACAUUGAAGAGCUAAGCGUACUGGCCAAAUAUGUAUUUCCGUUGUUGAAUUGCGUGAAGUAUGUUAAGAAAAAUAUCAGGCCAAUUCCAGAAGCUACGUGCGAUGAAACAUUGAUAAAUUACGAAAAAUUAUACGAUACUAUGGAUCUUUCCAGUCAUAUAUUACUCAAGGAAAGUAAUGCGUCAAAACCCAAUUUAGAUAAUUCAGAGCAGGAGUUACAAAACAAGUCAGCCACUCAACAGAAACGUGAUUCGGUUGCAAGAGAAGAAGAAGAAGAAGAAGAAGAAGCAGAUGAUGAUGAUAAAGAAAAUCGGCAUGAAUCGUUUACGGCCAACUUUCAACAGUUCGAUACGAAGUGGAAAACAAAUCUAUUGCAACACACGUCAAAAAGUAAGAAAACCGACUCCUCGCUUACAUACGACCCUUACAAUAUACAACUGAUGCGCGAGGAAGAAAUGGCCCAACGUAAGGAAAAACGUCAAAUGGCUGCCGGGUUAAAAUGGUGCGACAAGGACACGACAAGCGGAAAUCAGCCAAGAAACGGAGUCAAACGUCCAAAAUAUAUGCAAUGUUCUACUCCGACCAGACCCAGGCGCGCCACACUAUCCAAAGUUCUUCUGAACAGAGAACUAUCUCCGAUUGAUGGCGUUAGCACCGAAGAAUUUAACGAUGACGAGAAAAAAGAUGUUACCUAUACUCCGUACACGAUGCUAUCCAAGGCGGGUCGGAGCAAAAAAAAAGGAGGAAGCAAGCGCCAAAGCAAGCCAUCGCCACGUACGCUACAACCACCAAAAAAAUCAAACACAAAAAUGGUACCCACCAAAACAUCAGCUCUGGGCUCGCGCAACGGUACGGCAGCCUGUAAUAAAAAAACUCAAAUUAGUGAUAUUUCGUCAAGCACUCCACAAGUAGAAAAGGCGACGCUGAUGCAGGCACUAGCACCCAUGAAUAAUGCUCCAACGUGUACAACGAUUGCACCGUACUCCAUGCUAUCGGAAGGGCAACCCCAAGAUGAAGGAAACAAAAAGGGAAGCGAAGUGUUGCCUCCCAUAGCAGCAACCUGUGCUAUUCGUAAAAAUUCGCAACACACUACAACCACACACACCACUAAAACAACAAAAACGACCACAACAAAGAGAACUGAAGUUGGAUUAGCCAAAUGUGCAGUGAGUGGUCCAGCGGAAGCUACUAAUACGAUGGCACCGUCCGAAUUGUUACCGUACCGUGCGACGGAACAGGUGCAUUGCCGUGCACUUUACACGGUUGAACAACGCCAAGAGUACCGAGUGCAUCAUAUGGUGGAUGAGGCUGAAUCUUUUGCGCACGCACUAACAGAAGGAGAUCGCCGGCAAGCGUUGGCUUACGCACGCAAGAUUGUCGAUAUCUUGACGCAUGGCAUAAACAACGCUUCGACCAACUAA